AUGCUGACCGAACGGUACUUCGCGUCCAUUACCGGACCACCGCUUACGAACAACACCGCGAUCGCCAAGGACGUCGGCAUCUACGAGCAUAUCCUCCACCCGAGCCACUCGACCGCGGGCACUUUCAAGAAGAGCUCGGCUCCCCGACACUGCCUCGCCGUCAGCGACGCCCAUGUCUUCUCCGCGCAGCAUGAGAAGUCGACAGUCCAUGUCUACUCCAGAGAAAAGGGAAACCAGGAGGCCACAGUCACAUUUCAAGAAAGAAUAAGGAGCAUUGCUCUUCAGGGUGAUGUGCUGGUGCUAGGCACGGAUCAGGGCCGCAUUAUUGUAUGGGAGACAUGUACAGGCCGGCAGGUGACAACCCCAGCGUGCCAUGUCCAGGCCGUAACCUGCAUCGCGUCCACUCCUUACCAUUUGAUCACCGGCUCCGAUGACUCGAAUAUUCUGGUUUGGCAGCUUCCCCGGCUUCUGGAACGCGAUACAACCAUUGAGCACGAGCCGGAGCAGACCUUGUCGAAUCACCGCGCUGCUAUCACAUCUUUGGCUGUGAGCCAAAGCAUCAACCGUGAUACAAACAUCUGCGUUUCUGCCAGCAAAGACAAGUCUUGUAUCAUCUGGAACUAUCAGACCGGGAUGGCUUUGCGAACCUUGUUGCUCCCUACUUCCCCCAUGAACCUGUGUCUCGAUCCUUGCGCGCGUGCUUUCUAUGCGUCAACUGACGAUGGCUCCAUGUUUGCUGUAGAGUUGUUUGCAGAAAAGUCCCUGAUCGGGGCCCAGAGCGCAGAAGCAAGCUCAACUGCGGUACAAGUCUCGUCACCCUUUGGCUCAGUUACUCAAGAGACAGGACCAGCGUCCAGUCUUGGUCUCAGUUAUGAUGGUACUCUUCUCCUCUCUGGCCAUCCAAAUGGGCAGAUCCUAAGGUGGGAUCUGAGCACCAAAGCUGUUGCCACUGAAAUAGCGAAUCUGAACGCUAUCGUGAGCAACAUCCUCUUUACCUCACCGAUUUCUACUUCUCGGGACACACAGCCUGUCAGCAUUGUGAAGCCAUUCCUAGGCAGUCGCAGUUACAACUUCACUGCCCAAUUGGAGUCUGACCAAGCAGACGAAACACACUUCACCAAGAUGCUGAACUCCAAGGGCUUUUCACAGGACGCUUUGGAGCAGGCAAUCAUUUCUUUGCAACAGCCUCAGCCUCAAGCUUCCGCAGCAGGGGAUGACAAACUGCGCAAAGAAAUCGAGAGCCUCCGAGAAAUCAACAACGAGCUGAAUGCUCUUCAGAAAAAGACCCUGCAACGGUACAUCGAGGCCAAGUCGGCACAGAAGUGA